AUGCUACUCGACGUGGAGAUCUCCAUCCUCCGAGGCUUUUUAACACCCGGUGAGCUGACAACAUGGAAACAGGACAUUUACAGUAUUCCAGAGGCGGGCUUAUUGUUGGAGUUCUUGAUGAUUGGGGACUUUGAGGCAGUCUUGAGAAGCCCCCAGGUGUCAGCGCUGCUUACCGGAGAUGGCAGCUGUCAUGAGGGUGAGAACAUUGAGGCCUAUCUAGAGAGACGCAUCCUGUUGUACCUAACUGGUGACAUGGAUGGCGAGCAAACCAACAGCUUCAGAGAGCUGGUAGUGAUGGUCCUUGCUGUCUCUUGCCUCCAAAUGUUUGUUCAAAGCAACUGGACUGGUCCUUCACUUUCCAUCCACCUCUCUGACCUUCUUCCUCUGGUCCUGCUCUCUUCUCAGCCUCAAUCCACGGUAGAAGCUAUCCACUCUUGCAUGCUCCUGGAUGGUGAGUCUGUCUACAGCUUGGUGGCCAACCCAUUCCUCCUCCUCUUGGCACGGGUGAUUCUUACCAAAUGCUCUUCCAAAAUGGGACAUCUUCAGCUCCUACCCUGGUGGACUCUGCGCUACGUCAAACUUCACCAGCAAAUUGUCGAGGCGUGUUCUCAGCAGCUCCUCGACUUGUCUCUCAUCAGCAUGGAGAAAGUGCUGAAAUGUGAGGCUCUGUUCUCCGAGCAGAGAAACCUGGCAAUCCAGUUCCACUUGGAGUGUGUGUACUUAUGUCUAACCUACUACGAAUACCAGACUGCCAAGGAACACAUCAAGAAAGCCCAGGAGCUCUCAAUGCUUGAUAUUAACAUGACUGGUGCCUUGGGAAAACGUACAUAUUUCCAACAAAAGUAUUUGGCUCAGCUCAUUCUUGAAGUCAAGAGAAAGCAGGAUCAGGAUCAAUCGGUUGCAAGUCCAUCACCAACUCCGCAAGCUUUACUUCCCAAGGAUUGCAAUCUUGGGGAUGACACAGUGUUGGACAAGAUUCGUUUAGAAGAUCCGGACCAGUAUGAGCUGCCGGAACUCACUGCGGAGGAGCAGGCUGUCAUCUUGGGCCUCUGCACGGAUUUUCAAAAGAACAACCCUGUCCACAAAUUGACACAAGAAGAACUUCUGGCUUUUACAUCGUGUUUACUGGCUCAACCCAAGUUCUGGGCCGUUAAGGUGUCUGCGCUUUGCCUCAGGACUAAACUGGAAAAAGGGAGUUCGCGGUGUAUUGAGAGAGCCAUGAUGCAAACUCAGGCAAUAGUAGACCAUUUUGAAGACAAGAACUGUCCCUUGAUUGAGCGUCUGAAGGUCUUUUACUGCUGUCCGGCUCCAACCAGAUGGAUUGUCCAGAAACAGUUGGCGACUCUUCUGACCGACCUUGCCUGUGUCAGUUCAGCUUUGCUCAUUUACGAAAAGCUGCAGCUAUGGGAAGACGUUAUCAUAUGCUACGAGAGACUUGGCCAACACGGCAAGGCUGAAGAGAUUGUACGUAGGGAGUUGGAAAAGAAGGAGACACCAAGUCUAUACUGUCUACUAGGGGACAUUUUAAGAGACCAUCAGUACUAUGACCGGGCUUGGGAGCUUUCAGGCCAUCGCAGUGCCAGAGCCAUGCGGUCCAAAGCCCUGCUACAUCUGCGAAACAAGGAGUUCCAGCAGUGUGUCAACUGCUUCGAACAAUCGCUGAAAAUCAAUGCCUUACAGCUGGGUGUGUGGUUUUCCCUCGGUUGUGCCUACUUGGCCUUGGAGGGCUAUGAAGGAGCGGCCAAGGCUUUCCAAAGAUGUGUGGGACUGGAGCCAGAUAAUGCAGAAGCAUGGAACAACCUCUCCACAGCAUACAUUCGACUAAGAAACAAAAACAAAGCCUUUCGCACCCUCCAGGAAGCCCUAAAGUGUAACUAUGAACACUGGCAGAUUUGGGAAAACUUUAUUGUAGUGAGUGUUGACAUUGGUGCCUUCGCUGAAGCCAUCAAGGCCUAUCAUCGUCUAAUGGAUCUAAGGGACAAAUACAAGGACAUCCAGAUUGUCAAAAUCCUAGUAAGGGCUGUUGUCGAAGAGUUGACAGAUAGCCAGGGUGAGCAGACGGCAUCUUUGCAGUCCAAACUAAGGGAACUUCUUGGCCGGAUCAGUUCCCGCCACAGCAAUGACCCUGAAAUAUGGCAGCAAUAUGCCGUACUGUAUGGGGGAGGCCACAGCUGUAAUGCAGAGGAGAACGAGAAGGCACUGCAAUUCCUGACCAAGGCCUAUCGCUGUGAGCUUCAAGCUAGUGGCUGGGAAAAGGAGCCGGACCUUUUUAGGGAAGUGAUCAAAAGAGCAAUCGACAUGGGUGAAAUAAGUAUCAGUUGCAGUAAGAAGAAAAACAAUCCUGCGGAAGCUCUACAGGUGCUCUCCUCAACACGUCUCAACCUGAGGAGCUUGGUCACCAAAGCCAAGCAAAUGCACACUGACAUGGCCUCUGGUGAGAUCCAUGCUGAGCUGCGAGAUGCUGUCGCAGUUCUAGAGCAGCUUGUUACAAAAUUGCAGGAGUUGUGUGAAGAACUGGGUGCCCAAUCGUCGUGA